AGCCCUUUCGACCACAUGCGCACGGUGCGCGCCGACAAGGCCUCCUCCUGCAGCUGCACGAUGGCCGAGAUUGCCGAGAACUCAGGUGCCUGACGCCCAUUCCUGCCCGGCAGUGAUCCCGCGUGCGUCUUAACAACUCCCGACGCCUUGGAACGAACAUGCGAAGCCGCUGGCUGUGAAAAUAUGGCUCCCGUAGCGGUGCUGCUGCUGCUGUUGGCCGCCCUGCAGCCCCUCUGGGCUCUUUCGUGGGAUGUGGCUGUAGCGAGCGAGGGUCAACUGGACUUGCUCUUAAAUAGUGGAAAAGCUGUGAGGAAUGAAAGAACUGAUAAACUUUCCAUAGCAAGUGGGCUGGUCUACUUGCCAAAACAAGAGGUUUUCCUCCUGUCAAACUCCGACGAGGAAGUUGGCAGCUCUAUUUUCACUCUUAAAAUAAGCGAAAGAACGAAUACUUCACUAGUAUCUCCGCUCAUUGAAGCAAACUCUGCAGAGAGAAGAAUAUUCAGUUUGGCCUACGACCCCCAGGAUGAUUUCCUCUAUUGGGCAGACUGGAAACAAAAAGCUAUACUUAAAGCCUUCCUCCCGCCAAAUCUGCAAGGACCUCUCAAAACUCAAGUUGUGCACAAAUUUGUGGAAGAAAUUCCGACAUCCGUGGCAAUUGAUCAUUGCCGAAGAAAGCUCUACUGGAGUAACGUUAACUACGGUGACGCCACGAUUGAGUCUUCAGAUUUGGAUGGUGGCAACCGAGUGGUGCUGUUGAAAAAAGGCUUGAGGCUGCCGAAUGGAAUCGCUUUGAACUUGCGGGGGGAUGGCCGCCUUUUCUGGGUUGACAAUUUGGAGGGCAUCUUCUACUCUGUAAACUCAGCACGUUUGGAUGGUAGCGAACAUAAGGUGCUGUACCAUGGGAGGCACCAAGAGCCGAACUCGCUUGUCUUCAACCCAGAAGAUGCCCUCGUGUGGAAUGACAGAAUUCACGAUGUGGUCUGGCGAAUGGACCUGAAAACUCCUGGCUCUGAGCCUUACAGAUUUUUUGGGGUUGACGACCUUUCCCCACUGAGUGUUGCUGUAAAAACCAAUACCUCUUACUUUGCAGAUGUGUGCAAAGUAGAACCAGUUGUAACCACCACCACAGUUCCUAGUACACCAAAAAGUUCCCCGAUUCCUGCCGCCUUUCUUUGUCUAAGGGGCGGUGAAGAAAACACUGCAAGCAGAAGUUGCAAAUGCCUGCCCGGCUUUUCCGGCGCCCAUUGUGAAGUGGACUUGUGUCACAAUUAUUGCCUCAGAGGAGGCGUUUGCGUUAUCUCUCCUCAAGGUGCUGCCUCCUGCCACUGUCCUCCUAGUAGGUCAGGAGAGAGGUGCGAAAUUGACCUUUGCCAAGGACUGUGCUUAAACGGUGGCUUUUGCCACCUUAACCUGUCCACGAAUCACACAGUUUGUCACUGCGUGGACGGAUUCGAGGGGGAGAGGUGCGAGAGGCGCCAGGAUAUUUGCACCGCGCACUGCAACAUUCCAAAAUGCAGCAGCUGUGAGUAUUCUACUAAAGUGGUCCAUCCACCACACCAGAAUCCACAGGACGCGUCCCCCUGGAGUCCUUUGGUCCUGGCCCUCGCUGGAGUGUGUACUGUGCUCAUUGUCAGCACCAUUUUUCUCGUGAUCCAAGUGCUUAAAUUGAGGAGACGGCCGCGUCUCAAAAGAAGAGUGAUUGUGAGCCGGAAGGAGGUGGCUGUCCCGUCGUUUCAGCAGCCGCAAAAUGGCUCGGCAGGUGACACCUGCGAGAUUACUAUAGAGAACUGCUGCAACAUGAACAUUUGCGAAACGCCGUGUUUUGAGCCACCGAAUCGGUUAGGUCAUAAAGUGAAAGAAGACAAAAAAACUCUGUUGGCCAAUAUGGAGGACUCGGAAGCUGACGAUCAAGAGACUUCAAAAGAAUCCUCGUACUCAUAGUUGAAACAGAGAAACUUUAUUUUUUAGUAAAGAAAUACUUAAUUUAGUCAAUCCAUUGAUCGGAUUAUUGAAAAAGCCAGACACUCUUAAAAGCUGAUUUUCAGUUUCGCUCAAUAAAAGUGUUAGUUUUCCUGAAAAAAA